UGAAAUAAGUGAAGCAAAUGAGAACUCUAGUGAAAGUAAAGCAAAUCAGCACUUCUAUGAAAGUAAAACAAAUCACAACCUAAGCAAAAGUGAUGCAAAUCUGAAUUCCUGUAAAAUUGAAGCAAGUUUGAACCCUUAUGAAAGUGAAGCAAGUCUGAACCCCUAUGAAAGUAAAGCAAGUCUGAACUCUCAUAAAUGUGAAGCAAGUCUGAACCUUCAUGAAAGUGAAGCAAGUCUGAACCCCUGUGAAAGUGAAGCAAAUUUGAAUGCCUAUGAAAGUGAUGCAAAUCCGAAUCUCUGUAAAACUGAAGAAAAUCUGAAUCUUUGUAAAA